CGGAAGUACAAAAUUCGACAAACAAAAAGCUUAGCUAGGAAAUGAGAGCAUGGAGGGAUCUAAAUAUUAAAAUAUCGAUCAAUAAAAUCGCUGAACGAAUAGGAAAUAUAGCUACUUAAAGAUUUAUGCUAAAGAAAAUAAUUAAAUUAUUUUAAAUGUAUUGCUAGAUAGCAAUGGAUAUCGGUAUGAAGUGUAUCUUCUGCACUGAUAGCUAACGUUAAUUUUAGCUAGAGAAACAUAGCCCGCUAUUUUGAAACAGACUUCCUUUUUCAAUUUCUAGAGACUAACUAGCAAUCCAGUGGGCGUUUAUCUUACGAUAAUUAUCAUUUCACCUCGUUAUUAAUCCGCUAACGUUAGCGUGCUGAUUUUUUUUUUUAAGGGGCUAGCCAAGAAGAACAAGUUUAGAUAGUUGCAAUGACUGCUGCAGUGUUUUUUGGGUGUGCGUUCAUUGCGUUUGGGCCAGCGUUUUCCCUAUUUAUUUUCACUAUCGCCAAAGACCCAUUGCGAGUCAUCAUUCUAAUUGCAGGGGCCUUCUUCUGGCUGGUGUCCUUACUGCUGUCCUCUCUGGUGUGGUUCAUAGCCACGAAGGCAACCAAUGCCCAGGACCUGACCCUGCAGAAGAACCUGCUCAUAUUUGGCAGUAUUUUCUCAGUCAUACUGCAGGAGGUGUUCCGCUUCGCAUACUACAGGCUGCUCAGGAAGGCAAAUGAGGGACUGGCAGCCAUCAGUGAAGAAGACGGCCCCCCCCUUUCAGUCCGGGAAAUGGCCUAUGUGGCUGGACUGGGCUUUGGCAUCAUGAGCGGAGCCUUCUCCAUGAUCAACACUCUCUCUGACUCUCUGGGCCCAGGGACAGUGGGCAUGUUUGGAGACUCCCAGUACUACUUCAUCACCUCAGCCCUGAUGACCCUGGCGCUGACGAUGCUCCACACCUUCUGGGGGGUGGUGUUCUUUGAGGGUUGUGAGAGGAAGAGAUGGUGGGUGAUCGCUGUGGUGCUCUGUGUCCACCUGAUGGUCUUCAGCCUGUCUCUGUUGAACCCGUUCUACGUGGGCAGCAUUCUCCCGGUCUACGCCAUCAUGCUGCUGAUGGCCGUCUGGGCCUUCUUCUCCUCCGGUGGCUCCCUGCACAACAUCACUCUUCUCUGGACGUGUAGGAAAAGUAAUGCGGAGACGUCGUCAUAAUUCACAUUCCAUGUUGAUCUCUGAGGUCGAAGGGCAAUAGGAGCUUCUGUCGCUGCAGUGCUGUGUACAAACCAAAGCAGCCAAUCAAGAGACGACACAGUCUCCACAUCAACCAAUCUCCACAUAAUAUGGAUGGGCUGAAUCAGAGCCCGGAAAUCAGCACAUCACUGACCAAUAGAGCUGACCAAGGGAAAUCCUUCAUACUGUAUAUAGCUUGAAUGACACUAGUUUACACACACUUAGACAUGUGUAAGCUUUUUUUCAAUGCAAGGAAACAACCUUUUUUUUUCGUCUUUGUCUCUUCGCAGAUUUAGCUUUUGUGUGGACUUUUAAUCAAUCCACUCCCUUGCGUCAAUUAUUGAUCUUUGGUUUACUGAAUUAUGAUUUUAUUUUUAAGAAUGAUUAUUUGUUAAUGUAUUGCGAAGGGCAGAGCAGCACAAAUCGAAUGUUAUUUGUUAUGUGCCGAAUACAACAGUGAAAUGCUGACUUACAAGCCCUUAACCAACAAUAAUACAGUUUGAAGAAACAUACGUUUUUAAAAAAAUAGCUAAGUAAAACAAUAAGAAAUAAAAGUAACAAAUAAUUAAAGAGCAGCAGUAAAAAUAACAAUCGCAAGGCUAUAUACAGGGGGUACCGUUAGAGUCAAUGUGCGGAGGCACCGGUUAGUCAAGGUAAUCUGUACAAGUAGGUAGAGUUAAAGUGCAACAGACUUUUGGCUCUGGUCAAAGAAAGAUUCUUCACCAGGGAUUCCCCCCCCUAAAAAAUUGUAGCCUCAACCUCAUUUCAAUGUUUUAAUUUUUUUUAAAUUACGACCCACCAUUUUAUUUUUUUUAUAUAUAAUUAUGUAAUCAAUGGACAAUGUUAACUUUUUUUAUUUGGUCAAUGACAGUCUUACAGAUCAGUCUGACAGUAUUUUUGACUGUAUUUUAAUCUGAAAACCAUAUGGUUUGAAUUGACUGAAAUGUAUUAGGAAAUGCAGAAGAUCAUCAGGCAAUAAUGUAUGAUCUUCUGCGUAGAAAAGAACCUUGGAAGAAAACUGAUUUUAACCCAGGUUCUAUGAACCAAUCACCAAUUAUCGAUCGUGACCCCCAUUUUCAAAUCCCCUAGUUUGGGAAACCCUAUUAUACACACAUACAAAGGUAUGCAACAUCACUAUAUUAUGCAUUAUCUGCCCUGGCAGACACUGCCAUGUGUAGUACACAUCACAGGAGGUUGGUGGCACCUUAAUUGGGGAGGACGGGCUAGUGGUAAUGGCUAACGCUGAAUCAGUGGAAUGUUUUCAAAUACAUCAACCUAAAUGUUUGAUGCCUUUCCAUUUAGUUCCAUUCCAGACAUUAUGAGCCAUCCUCCCCUCAGCAGCCCCCACUGGUACACAUUAUGUAAGGUAUUUUAAUGUUUUUAUUAUGCAAAUAAAAUGAUAAUGUUCUUGACCUUGAUCCACCAAAUACAGGUGAAAAAGACGACGGAAUCAUAUUCACUAGACACUAAAUGAUGCUGGACUACCUGAACCAAUAAGAAACUCGUUUUUGUUGCAAAACGUUUUUAUACGGUGUGCACUAAUGAAUAUGACCGUACUCUAAUAGUAUUAUGGUCGGUCACUAAACGGUGGCCUUUUUUACUCUACAACUGAGUGGUUAUAGAGUAAAAAUAAUUAUUACUACCAUCGGCAGCAAUACCAUAGAGUUUUGUAUCUUUUUUUUCUUUUUUUAACCUCUGGGUCAUCACAAAGUGUCUCAGAGUAGGACUUCUGCUGAUCUAGGAUCAGUUUUGUCCUGUAUGGACAGGGAAGACCUGAUCUCAGAUCAGCACCAUAUAGGCCCUGGUGGCUUUUAAAGGCAAUUUCUGUUUGAGCCAACGUGCAGUGUUUACCAUGAAUGCGAUCUCUGCGAACAGCGGGAACGUUGCCUUUAAAAGCUGAGUUGUCUAAAACCUGCGAUUUGAUUGGCCCUUGUAAAUGGACCUUUUUUUGUAUUUUACCACAAAAGCUGCCUGGCCAAGUGUCUUGGACAAUACUUGUUAAGAUGACAGCUUGUUGCAUACAGCGUUUUAUAAACUGGGUGGUUCAAGGCAUGAAUGCUGAUUGGCUGACAGCCACGGGUAUGACAAAACAUUUAUUUUUACUCUAAUUACUUUGAUUACCAGUUUAUAAUAGCAAUAAAGCACCUCGGGGGUUUGUGGUAUAUGGGCUCUGCUUUGUGUCGUGCCUAAGAACACUCCUUAGCUGUGGUAUAUUGGCCAUAUACCACACCCCCCUUGUGCCUUUUUGCUUAAAAAUAGCCUUUCGGGGCCUCCCGGGUGGCGCAGUGGUACAGCGCCAGUUGUGCCACCAGAGACUCUGGGUUCGCACCCAGGCUCUGUUGUAACCGGCCGCGAACGGGAGGUCCGUGGGGCGACGCACAAUUGGCCUAGCGUUGCCCGGGUUAGGGAGGGUUUGGCCGGUAGGGAAAUCCUUGUCUCAUCGUGCACCAGCGACUCCUGUGGCGGGCCAGGCGCAGUGCGCGCUAACCAAGGUUGCCAGGUGCACGGCGUUUCCUCCGACACAUUGGUGCGGCUGGCUUCCGGGUUGGAUGGCGCUGUGUUAAGAAGCAGUGCGGCUUGGUUGGGUUGUGUAUCGGAGGACGCAUGACUUUCAACCUUCGUCUCUCCCGAGCCCGUACGGGAGUUGUAGCGAUGAGACAAGAUAGUAGCUACUAAACAAUUGGAUACCACGAAAUUGGGGAGAAAAAGGGGGAAAAAAAAUAUUUAUAUAUAUUUUUUAAAGCCUUUCCACACGAUCGUGCUGGCCAGCUCUGGUAUUUUCUUUCCACACUAACUGUCCUUUCAAGCACGGUUCCAGCCACUAGGAUCGGUUUAGUGUGAAAGGGAAUUAGUCUCGAUGUUGCCAUUUUGAAUGGCUCGAGUUAGUUAGGAUCCCCAAUUGGCCAGUUACUCCAUUUUAAACCCAUAAUUUCACCAGCUUUCCUAAUGAAAGAGUUGAGUCAUUAAAGUCUCCGCAGUUUAUUACCUGUUGAUGGACGACAGGGUUUACUAAUAUAUCAUUUCAAUAACUAUUGAUGGACGGCAGGGUUUACUAAUAUAUCAUUUCAAUAACUAUUGAUGGACGGCAGGGUUUUCUGACAUACAGCCACGUCAAUGCAGGUCCUCCAUUGAUUUCAUUAUUGUAGUUUUCUUCUUUUUUUUAAAUGUUUUUUUGAUGGCUUGCUUUCUGCAUAUGUACCCGUGUUGUAAGUGUGAUUGACUGGUGCUGUCUUAAUACUGGGAGGUGGGGGGGGCAAAAGGUUAAUGGUUUGGUAGACUAGUUUAUCAGUCGAGCAAUGGAGAGUUGCCACGGUCUUUUUAUUUUCUUUGCGUAGGUGAACCAUUGUUCAGCCAGAAACCAUUGCCAACCGCCAGGCACCAGCUCAAACAAGCCUGCAAUACAGUUUGUGCCCCAAACAUCACCCUGUUCCCAUGUAGUGCACUACUUAUGACUAGAUCCUUAUGGCCCCUGGUCAUAAGUAGUGCACUACAAAGGGAAUAGGAUGACGUUUGGGAUGUAGUGUAAAUCAAGACCCGUGUUCUUGACUACGCUGAGAGAUGGCAGCGCUACCUCGUUGUGAAGUCACACUGAAGUGACCACACACACACACCAGCACUCACAUUGUGGACAAAUCCCACUGACGCACUACUGGUGUAGUGAAGGGCGAUCCAGCACUCCUAAGAUUGUGCACAUCUACAAUGGUUUUUAAAAUCCCUGACACGUGGCAUAAGCCGCCACAAUCUUUCCAAUGAUGUUUCCAAAUAUGUUUUAUUUGUGUUGUAUACGGUGGUCUUACUCACGUCUGUGUAGGAGUGUUAGUGGACCAUGGGUCCCCAACAAUUGGUAAGUCACACCGAGCGGAUUGUCAGGAAAUGGAUUGCACCGACUGUCCCUUAUUUCAUGUUGUUGGAAUUCCAGCACAUUCGCUGUCAUUGUUUUGUGCUGAUAACAUGUUGGGAAGGCAGAAACUGGGAAUCUACCUCCGAAGAAUGAGGGAGAAUGUUUGCUCGAUACCAAAUGUCUUGUCUUAUUGUAUUGUCUGAGUUGACUCAAUUUCCAAAAUUCUGUAUUUAAUUCUGAUUAUACUACUUCCAAUUUGAUUACCUAAGCCACCUAUCCAUCUUUGCAUGUGAAUUUCUCAUCAUUGAUGCUUAUAUGGAUUUUGAUCAAUUAACUAUUAUGAUCCUAUAAUGGUAUAAAGAAUGUAUCAAUAAAUCUGCCAAAUGGGAAUAAA